GGGCCCAGCGGUGGCAACUCGCAACACAGUUGCAACUGUGGCAAAACAGCAGGACGCUCGAAGGGCGGCAACCCUCAUCACAGCCACAGUCAUCAUCAAGCGCAUUCCACCAUAAGCAGCAACAUACGAAAAGAACUAGCUUCGUACGAGAACCCGUACCAAUCUCAAGGUGCAAAUCAGGCGUGCGAAAUUAAGACCAAACGCAAUGCUAGCACAGAGAGUCUGGAUUUGUUCGACAAAUUCGCAAGCGAGGAGGAUUGUACCUGUGCCCUGUAUUCACCUAGCUUUCUGAAGGAAGGAAAAUGCUGCAGAAAGUGUCGUACCGGCGAUCGGAGAACAGCGGCGUAUAGGACGCGAGCAACGGGAACAAACGGUACGGGUCAGAAGAAGUACAAUUCCUCCAAGUUUAAGGAUGCGUCUACUAGCCCAAAGUCGAACAGUCCCUUGAAGGUUUCGGCUCAGGAAUGUCGCAGCCCAAAGAUAGAGUCCUCCACAGACACGAAAUUUGAUUUUAAUUGCUCACCGAAAACAUCCAGCCAUUACCGACGUCUAUCGUCGUUGAGCAUUAAUGGGGCGAGCAAAACUGUGGCCACAAGUCCUAUGAAGAACGCAUCCACAUCAGCGGCGGUUGUAGCCACAACCACUUCCCCUGGCCCACCAAGCCCAGGAAUUAGUCCGCAAAAACUAUCGCCGAUGAAAGGCACGCUCGAAAAGUCGAACUCAUUGGGAGAUAGUAAGCCGUCACGUUUAUUGCGUAACACGCGCAGCCUAUCGCCUCGUCCCCCAAUGCGCCAUCAACAUUCAAUCAUGGUUUCAGACGAAAACGACAUCAUCUCCGUGAAGCUUUCUCCCAAUCAGGAUUUCGAAGACGAAUCGUUAAAGUUAUCGAUGCCACCUGCCACUGCUGGUGGUGGUUGUGAGACACGUGUAAAAGACCAAUUUGAUGAAUCCUCAUCAAUUGUUGAGGUUGGCGUUGUCAAUAGCGAAGGUACUUUAAAACUGGGUGAUGACUUGAAGAGUGCACUCAGCAACCGCAGCACUAGCUGUUUAGUGUACGUUCCAUCGGACCCGUGGACAAGAAUGUCAACCAGAACCAUAGCUUCACCACCAUCCGUUAAGCAGCAGAAGUCAAAGACGCUGGACAACAGCUGUAAAGCGUAUGGCAAACCCUGCUUGGAGUCUAUGAAAAACUCCGAUCCCUGGGUCUGGCGCUCUAAUGUGCAUCUUUCCGAGGCGCCCACUAGCAAAGCUGGUAGGAAGCGACCAGUAUUACCGCACCAGGCAAAAUCGCUUACCAUGGGUACGGUCAGCCACGAUGACUCGAAUAUAGGCAGUAAACUACAUUCGGCAAAACUUUGUCAACAACAGUCACUUGGUCGGUUCGAAAAAACACUCACCAUUCCGGGGGUGGACGGCAGCUUCGACGCUCGCAAGAAGAUCACACGGCCGAAGUUGCAGCGCUCAAAAUCUCCCGCUUUCUAUGAAGACUUUUUCCAGCACUUUCAAAUUGGACAGGACACGAACAAAUGUCCAGUCAACGGGGGCCAUUCAUUAGUAAAGAACAAGUCGGUUUCCUCGUUAAAAAUGGAAAAGAACGCAUCAAACUCCAACCUAAACGGCCAUGGCAAUUCAGCCGGUAGUUCUCUGCAUCACAUGAAUCACAACAACAACAACAAUAGCAGCAGCAGUAAUAGCAAUAGUGUCAGCAGCUACAGUAGUUACAAUGAUAAUGGUUCACCAACAUCAAAAAGACAUCCGUCACCGAAAUUGACUAUUUUGGCAACGUCUACGCAGCAUCCCUCGCCUUCGAGACAAUUGUCGGCGGGCCAUCCAGAGUUUUCGAUGAAGACGUCGCUAAAUUUGCUGAAUCCGAACAUGCUUCAACCUCGCCACAGCUUUUCGACACCAUCGCAAAAAGAUGACGAGCUGCAACUUAACAUCCGCCGAUUGAGCGAGCAGAUGAAUAAGUACAGCCACUCCAGUGCAGCGCCGGCGUUUCUGAACGAAACGAUUGCCCAGCAAAAGGCCAAAACAGUGGGAGUUUGUGGCAGCAGCUUAACUUCCGGCCUCGGCAGUGCCAGCAACGUAGUAGUCGAACCAACGGUAGCUUCUACCCAACGCAAGACUGCGUCCCACUCUAAAAUCAAUGAGCCGAUCUUGGAAACACGCUGCUAAAAUCAUGAUAAUAACUUCUGGGAUUUGAUUUGUAGCUAGCAAACAAUCAAUCUGCAGUAUUUUGUUCCGCUUCAU